UACAGGAAGUAAGUGUAUAUGGAUGGCAUCUGUUCAAGAGAUGAUGCCUUGAUCAUUUUUUUUUAAAUUUAUACACACAACCUAACAACUGAGUUAUAACACAGUCAGUGUUAGUUAUUAUUAAAAUGCUCACUUGGCUUUCAGGGCCACUGUACAAUUUAAAUUUUUUCCUGAUUUGCUGCCAAAAAAUUAUCAAAAUUAAAUACAUGACGAUGUAUGCAAUGUAAUGUUUCUAUAUUUUCAUUUUCAUAUUUUCUAUUUUUUGCAAUGAAAUGCAUCAUUCAUUAAAAAUCGAUGGCAACAUGUUCCAGUGAGAAUAAAAUCUCUACUAGUUUGGUGACAUAUUGCUUAGCAAUGAUUGGUGAAACACGAAGGAAACUCCAAUGAUUGGUCAACUUCUGGAAAAAGUUGUGGUGAUUGGACAAAAUAAUAUGGUCGCUCAGGAUUCACAGGGAUUGGUUGAAUUUGUGUUAAUUGUUACGAUUGCAACUUCCUGGAGGGACUGAUUAACAUUUCAAAAGUGGUGUUUUGAAAGCAUGAAAAUAAAGCAAACUGCAUAGAAUGAGUCUGAAUUCAUUCUUUCACUCUAGUUUAAAGGUUCUCUAUGUAAGUUUCAUUAAACCGUUGUUAGUGAACUGCAGUCAGAGUCCUGUUGCAUCAUCCUGGGCAUCAGCCAAAACUGACAGACACUAAACUGACCGCUGGACAAUAAAUUACAAUCAUACUUUGCCAGAGGAUUUUUGUUUGCCUAGUUUGUUUUACUUUUCCACCACUAAGAGGAAACAUUGUACAUUUUACUCCACUACGUCUGUCUCAGACCAACAGACUGCUCUGCACUGCGUGUUCUGACCCCUUUCUAUCAGAACCAGCAUUAACUGUUUCAGCAGUUUGAGCCACAGUGGCUCGUCUGUUGGAUCGGCAGAAUGGGCCAGCCUUCACUCCCCACCUGCAUCAAUGAGCCAUGACCCUGUCUCCGGUUCUUUCUCUUCCUUGGACCACUUUUGAUAGGUACUGACCUCUGCAGACUGGGAACACCCCACAAGAGCUGCAGAUGCUCUGACCCAGUCGUCCAUCACAAUGUGGCCCUUGUCCAAGUGGCUCAGAUCUUCACGCUGCCCAUUUUUCUUGCUUGUAUUCAGUGUUAUUCACUGGCAGUGCUCUCAGUGUUGAGGGCUUAUCGGUGUCAAUUGAAAAUACUAAAAGAACAUAUUUGGCAAACUCUUGAAUGAAUAAAUAUUUAAAAUAAAAACAGAUCGGAGAAUGUUUAUUUAAACACUCACAAGAUAGUUGUUAUCAUUUUGCAUCUGUUGUUUACUGUGGACCGAAUCCUUCAUACAAGAGUUCUCCCUCGUCUCUCAGUCAUUUCUCUUUGGAAGGACUCAAGAAGCAGCACCACCAGCAAACCACUCCAAGUUCACACAUUCUGCACUGAGAAGAUGAGGCUGUUUCUCUUAUCCUGCGUCCUCUGCCUGAUGGCUCCUAUUGGCUACAGUCAGCUUCAUGGUCCUCCUGGUCCUCCUGGUCCUCCUGGUCCUCCUGGUCCUGCUGGUCCUCCUGGUUUUCCUGGUCGUACUGGUUAUUUUGGUCCUCCUGGUAUUCGUGGUCCUCCUGGUCCUCUUGGUCCUCCUGGCCGUGAUGGUUCCAAAGGGGACAGAGGAGGUGCUGGACCAGCUGGACCUCCUGGACCACGUGGACCACCUGGACCAGUAGAAAUGUGUGGACAAGAUCGCCUUGAUUCUGCUAUCCUGGAGACUGAACACUUAAGGAAGAGCUUUGCAAAGUUAGAGCUUGCUAUAAACUAUGACUUUGUCCGAAGAGUUGGUCAGAAAUACUUUGUGUCCUACAAGGAGAGAGACUCGUUCUCCAGGGCCGUCGAGUUCUGCUCCCAACAAGGUUUAGAUCUGGCUUUGCCCCAGAACGAGGAGGAGAACAUUGCACUGACUCAGUUCUUUGGGGACGUUAACAAAGAAGCCUGGAUCAACGUCAAUAAUAAAAAAGCAGAGGGGAACUUUGAGGCAGAUAUGAAUAACCAACCUCUGACCUUCACCAAAUGGGGAGAAGGGCAGCCAGACAAAUCCAUUGAGGCUACAGGCUGCACCAUGCUGUCAGAAAAUGGCGUCUGGCGAGUGACACACGAGUGCUUCCUGAAUGCUUACAUUAUUUGUCAGUUAUAGAGAGUUAUUGUACCCUACAGAAGAGGAUUAGGGCCACAUGUGAACAAUGUAUGUGAGUUCUG